AUCUUUCAAAUUUUUCUCAAUCAUUUAUAAAAAUCAAAUCUUUUUUAUUGAUAAAGAAUUAUUUCAUAAUGAUGCAUAACAACGAUACAGACAUUAAUAAUGGUAACGAAUCGGAAUUCGAAGAUUAUUCAACACCCACAAAUGACAUAUCACCGUUCACUCCAAUUAUAUUGCCAACACAAACCACAUCUUCAGGACAUGAGCAUUCUUCAUCAAACAAUUUAAGUCAACAUAACUCGAUUACUUUGCCAGAAGGUCAGCAACAAUUUAUAACACCACCUGAACAUGUACAAUAUCCUGAAGAUGAUAUUCAUUUUCAUCCAGUUUUAAGACGUUCUUCUACUCCAUCAUCAUCAGAGGAAGAAUCUACUUCAAAUCAACCAUCUCUUAAUAUAAGAAUUCAUAAUAUAGAACAGACAAUAAAUAAUUUACAAUCUUCACUAAUUACUUCCCGUAGAACAAAUGAAAUUGAAAAAGCUCUUGAAAAACUUCAAGCUGAAGUUGCUGCUUCACAUGAACGUAUAGAAAGAUUAAGAAAAGAUUUGAAUGAACGCGAUAAAAGUAAAAGGAUCAUAAAUCGAAGUUGGUCUUGGUUUGUUAGAAUUAUAACAAAACAUAAAAUUAUUAACUGUGUAAUAUUAGCAAUUAUAUGUGUUACAUUCGCACUUAGACGACAAUCACCAAGAACGGAAUCUUGGCUUCAAAGAUUACGUAUGCGGAAUCGUAAAGUUAAACAAUUUGCAAAAAGUGCACUAACUGAUUUUAAAAGCACUCACCCAUAAUUCUUGUUUUCUUUGGCUUUAUUUUAUAAUAAUCAGACCGCUCAAAAUCCAACACUUUACUUAACAUAACCCGGAUAAAAAAAAUCAUGUGACCAGAAGUUCGAUGUUAAAAAUUGAUGCAAUCAACCUUUUUUAAAAAACAUGAUUAUU